AUGUUAGGCGCACACUUGAAACUCAUACACACUGGCUCAAGCCAGCCUCCAGGCGGAGCCAGAGCAACCCAGGUCUUAGAGCAUGACUGAGGCCAAUAACAGACGACAACACAGUUACUACAGGUGACUAGAUGACAGAGGAGCCCUCCCCCACACAUCACAAUCCCCCACCGCUGCCCUAGACUGUGCGGAGACGGCAGACAAACCUUAGACUAGGGACUCAAAGCUCCACCCGAACCAAACAAAGGAACCCUGCAGGCCCGAUACAACCCACAAGGCACCCCAUACCAAAGCGUCCCCACCUCACAAAACAGCUAGACCCAAUCCAUGCCGGCAUCAAACACUCCAAAAAACACACGUGAGCAGAUGGCAGACAAAAGAAGCAGCCCAGAUACAAACCGACGCGACACGCACUCAGAACCCAUAAUCAAUACAAACUAAGGCACAAAUAGCCACUCGGGAGACAGACUAAGGACUGCGCACAGUACAAAUACGUACACGUAGACCCUCUAGAAACCCAGAAGCGGACUGAGCCGUCGCAGACGGUAAGCCCGACACCCCCACAGGCAUAGGACAUAGGGAUCCCCACCUUUCAGGGGAUACACAACUCCCGGAAUAGACCCAGCCCCCCUCCCAGGCCGGGCCACGCGGUCGAAUACCCGGGACGACUGUCCAUUACCCUACGGUAAUACAGAGGCCAUAUAGGCGUCGUGAAUAGACGCAACACCGACUGCACACACGGCAAUACACCACCACGCACUCACACACUCCCCAACCGAACCACACAACAGACUCACCCACCCCUGUGGGUACACGGCUUAAACGUCAGAGAGAAGCGCACAAGACUUUUGCAAGAUCUGAAACACUACAGGGCAUCAAUAGUGUUCCUCCAAGAAACGCACUUUCAAGAAGGAAGAGCACCAGCACUGAGGGACCGCAAUUUUAGAACGGGAUAUUUUAGAAACAACCCGGACAGACGCAAGCUGGGAGUAGGUAUCCUAUUCUCCAGCAGAACCCCAUACACGGAACAAGCCACUGUCAGAUGCAAACAGGGCAGGUAUAUCUUCACCAAAGGCACGAUCCUCGAACAAACCUACAUGUUCGCCAAUAUAUACGCCCCGAACACGAAACAGUUCCUCUUCCUUCGGAACGCUCUGAAUACCCUGAUGAAGUUCGCAGAAGGCACUAUGAUCGUGGGGGGAGAUUUGAACCUGACUCCACACCCAGACCAAGACUCCACAUCAGCGCUCGGCAAAACCCCGCAUAAUAGACAUGCGAACAAACUCCGCCUGCUGCACCAACACCAAUUGGCGGAUUGCUGGAGAGCGCUAAACCCAACGACGCGGGACUAUACAUUCUACUCGCAGACCCACGCAACAUACACAAGGCUAGACUACUUCUUAAUAGCACACCACAACUUGGCCCUACUCAAGGCAGCAGACAUCCUGCCAAUGACGUGGUCCGACCACUGCCCGAUCCGCAUACGGAUGACAUCACCGUUAUUUAAGCCCAGACAGAUGUCCUGGAGACUGAACGAAUCAAUCCUAUCGGACGUGACAGUGACUGACAAAAUAGGCCAAAUCAUACGGGACUAUUUCCAAGAUAACGAAACAGAGGACGUGACACCAAUGACAUGCUGGGAAGCACACAAGACGGUAGUACGAGGCCAGAUCAUAGCAAUAUGCGCGAAUCCCAAAAAGACAGCAGUACGGGAAAUAACCAGGCUCAGUGGAGAAAUUGCGACCCUGGAAGCCAGACAUAAACGAACCCUAGAAACAACAAUAUACAGAGAGCUAACAGAUAAACGUAACCAACUCACAGCGCACCUUAACAGAAAGAUCCAACGCGCAUACCAACAGUACAGACACAUGAUACACAAACACGGAGACAAGUGUGGGAGACUGCUAGCUAACCUCCUGAGGCAACGUAGGACACAACUGUAUAUACCAAAAAUAAAAAACGCGCAGCAACAAAUCCGACACCUCCCAGACCAAAUAGCAGCGGAGUUCCAAUGA